AUGUUAUUUUCAAAGCUCUUUGCCCUUGCCGCUUUGAGCGCCAUCACCCCGUCCAUCGCGGCUCCUGCUCCCGCAUCUGAUGCAGCUGCAACCAUUGCAACCUCCAAAGCUGCAGACGGAGAGUACUGCACUGAGACCCUCUCUAGUUACAGUGCGGAUGAAUCCAUAUGGGCCAGUUUUCGCUUCUGCAUUCGCGUGUCUGACACUGGGGCUGAAUUCAUCGGAAAGGUCGACAAGGCCAAGUACUAUUGGGGUUUGGCUUGGUUGGUACGACUUACCCGGUAA